AUGUCUCUGCUGAAUGAGCUAUGCGAGGCAAUGGGUUCGAAACCACCUGAGGAAGUACGUAAUGUAUGUCUUAUCGCACAUGUUGAUCAUGGAAAAACAAGCUUAGCUGAUUCUUUAUGCUCUGCUAAUGCUAUAGUGUCAAAUCGCUUGGCUGGGAAAGUUAGAUUUCUAGACAGUAGAGAAGAUGAACAAACUCGAGGAAUUACCAUGAAAGCUAGUGGAGUUUCACUUCUAUACGGACCACUUCUUGUCAAUUUAAUGGAUAGUCCUGGUCAUGUCGAUUUCUCAUCUGAAGUAACAUCAGCCAUCUGUUUAUCCGAUAUAGCCUUACUUUUAGUGGAUGUGGUGGAAGGAGUAUGUUCUCAAACUAGUGCCUUAUUGAGACAAGCCAUUGUUAAUGGUCAAUCACUUAUUCUAGUCAUAAAUAAACUUGAUAGGCUUCGAUUAGAGUUGAAACUGACAGCUUCUGAAACGUAUACGCAUGUACGUCGUUUGAUCGAAGCCGUUAAUGCUUGCGUCAGUCAAAUAGUGAGUGGAAUUAUUCUGGAUGAUGAAACAUGGGGAAACAUAGAAGACUUAGAAGAGAAAUUACAUUUUGACCCUUGUAAAGGAAAUGUCUUAUUCUCAUCAGCUAUUCAUGGAUAUGCAUUUUCGCUAGAAGAAUUCGCUGAAAUUUACUUGGAAAAGCUGAAGAUGGAUAAACGAACCAUUAUGAAUGGACUGUUUGGUGAUUUUUAUUUUACCCCACAGGGUAUUAAGAGCGGAGCUAAUGCGAAAGGAAAGAAAACAUUAUUCGAACAGCUUAUUAUGGAACCUAUCUGGGCUCUUCAUGAUUGUGGUCUGAUUGAUAAUGAUUUAGAGAAGCUUACGAAGCUAGCAGAAAAGAUCGAAGUUCCCUUCAAAUCCAAAAGGGUUAAUGAAGCUUUCGACGAGGUUAUGAGAAAUUGGUUACCCAUAUCUAGAGCUUGCUUCAGAGCUUGUGCAAGAACUGUUUCAGCCAAAAAAGCUUUCACUAAUCAGCAAAGAUUAAAGAAACUCCUGGGAGACCCUACUUCUCAUCCUUUAGCUGAAGCAAUUGAAAAUUGCUCUCCAGAAGGAAUGACGAUUGCGUUCGUUGUGAAGUUCAUACGACUUGAAGGACAAAGAGUGGCUAUUUGUCGUGUUUUGAGUGGCAAAGUUCGCAAAGGAGACAAACUUUUCGUAUUAGGAGCUAAGAAACUCGAGGAUUCUUCGGAUGCAGUAGAAACAGAAGUUAUAAGCGUUAAAAUGCUCCGAGGUCGUGAGUGUAUCCCUCUAGCAGAAGUUAAUUCUGGAUGUAUUUGUGUAAUUGAAGCUAAUGGCUUACUUCAAAAUUCCACUCUUUGCUCUGAAGCAGUUUCCCAGGGCAUACAACUUGGUCGUGAACAGGGUGAACCUCUAGUCCGCGUGUCUAUCAAUACCUUGGAUUUGAAUGCGACAGAGGAUUUUAAGGAGGCUUUGAAGCUUUUAUCGGUAUUAGAUACCAGUUUGAGAGUACUGGAAUUGGAAACAGGAGAGCUUGCUUUAGUAACAGCAGGAGAAGUUCAUUUACAAAAAUGUUUGAAAGAUCUUGCAGAUUUAGGGUUCCCUGAUUUAGAAGUCUCUGCUCCCAUUGUGCCUUUCCUGGAGACAAUAGUUCCUGACCCUCUACUGACUUCUGCUCAAAUCGUUGCCCAAGAUACAGAAUGUCGUUUGAGAGGUGAUGCCUUGUUUAUCCGUCUUCGAGCCGCUCCUCUUCAUAUUGAUGUGGUCGAUUUCAUGGAUAAACAUGCUGAUAUUGUUCAUCAGCUUAGAUUGGGAAAAGCCGAUGUCAAGCUUGCUGAGGAUUUCAAAUCGAAACUUCAAAAUCUUUGUAAGGAAGUAUUACCAUCUAUGAAAGGAACAUAUUGGUUCAAGAAAUCUAACGAGGAAAUCGAGGAGCUAGUAGAAAAGAUUUGGACUGUGGGUACUGACAGAGCCCGGGCUAAUCUUCUAAUUAAUGGAAUUCCCUCAUAUGAUAGGAAAUCCUUCUGGAAUAAAGAAGAAGGCAGGAUUAGGCCAUUUGAUCAAGCCAUGAUCUCAGGAUUUGAGUUGUUUAUUGGCGCUGGUCCUCUGUGCAAUGAAGCCAUGAGAGGAAUAGCACUGAUAGUGGAAGAUUGGAUUUUGGAUGAGAACGAUGCCGUAGUUACGGGACAGCUUAUGUCUGCUAUGAAAGCGACCUGCAAAGCUUCAUGUGAGAAAGUUGGCCUACGAUUGGUUGCUGCUAUGUAUAGAUGUUUGGUGUCUACUACAAGCCAAGCAUUAGGAAAAGUUCAUGGAGUUCUAGCUCAACGAAAGGCUAAGGUACUAAGCGAGGACAUCAAUGAAGCAACAGGACUGUUCGAAGUAGCAGCUCUUUUACCGAUUGUAGAAUCGUUCUCUUUCUGUGAUCAAUUGCGAACGCAAUCUUCUGGAAUGGCUAGCGCUCAAUUACAGUUCAGUCAUUGGGAGGUUAUUGAUGAGGAUCCUUAUUGGCAACCUUCGACGUUGGAGGAAAUGGAAGAGUUUGGAUUGAAAGGAGAUUCUCCGAAUCAUGCUAGAGGUUACAUGGAUGCAGUUAGAAGAAGAAAAGGUUUACCGACGGAAGAUGUCAUUGUGGUUUCCGCAGAAAAACAACGGAACCUUAAGAAGAAUAAGUAA